CCCUCUCUCUCGCUCUCUCUCUCUCUCUCUCUCUCUCUCUCUCUAGUAUCCUACCUAUGAGUAAUAGUAGUAUUACGUGUUAGUCAGUCAAGCAGCUGGAUUAUUUUGUUAAAACUAAACAGAACAGAAGACUACUCGAAACAAACCGACAUAGACAUUGAGGACAUACUGAGACAUCACACUGCGGCAGUAAAAUAACUUGUGUCCACAUUAGGAAACAGUGUUAAAGUAGCUCAUUGAGAAACAGAACUAGAAGAAGAUGGGUGAAGUGGACAAGAGCACUCUCUGCCUCUUUGACGUCGACGGUACAUUAACAGCAGCGAGACAGCGUGUAACUCCUGACAUGGACCAGUUCCUCCAGAAGCUGAGGACUCGGGUUCGAGUCGGGGUGGUUGGAGGUUCAGACCUCAGCAAGAUCAAAGAGCAGCUGGGAGAAGAUGUUAUCAAGAAAAUGGACUAUGUGUUCGCUGAGAACGGACUAGAGGCGUUUAAAGGUGGGGAGUUCCUCUCUGUCCAGUCCAUUCAGGCUCACAUGGGGGAGGAGCUUCUGCAGGAGUUCAUCAACUUCUGUCUCAACUAUAUGGCAAAGAUCAAACUGCCUAAAAAAAGGGGCACAUUCAUUGAAUUCCGCAACGGCAUGUUGAACGUCUCCCCAAUCGGACGCAGCUGCUCGCAGGAAGAGAGGAAAGAGUUCUAUGAGCUCGAUCAGAAAGAGAAGAUUAGAGAGAAGUUUGUGUCUGUGUUGAAGAAGGAGUUCAAAGGAAGAGGGCUGACAUUUUCAAUCGGAGGCCAGAUCAGCUUUGAUGUGUUUCCUGAUGGCUGGGACAAGAGGUUCUGCCUGGGGAUCGUGGAGAAGGACACCUACUCAACCAUUCACUUCUUUGGAGACAAAACCAAACCUGGAGGAAAUGACUACGAGAUCUACAGCGACCCUCGGACCAUCGGACACGAAGUCUCCUGUCCGGAGGAAACACAACGACUCUGUCAACAGCUUUUCUUCUCAUGAGGAAGAAGAAAAAGAAGUACUGCUGUUUUUUACUGCACCUUGAAUAUGAAAGGAAUGAAAUAUGUCUAAUACGAUCGUACCUUGAAGUUAGUUAGAAAAAAUGAUUCACAAGAAUGAUUCAGUGUCAUGGUAUCUGUAAUGAAAUAGUAGGGGAUUCUGGGAUAUUUCACAAGUUUUGAAGGGGAGCUGUUAUGGGUUUAAAUGUGAUUCACUUUUGAAAACAUGCUUGUGGUCGAUAUUAAGUUUAAUCAAAUUUUUGAUUGUAAAAACAAAAGUCAGCUGGGUUUCCCCCCCCGAUCUUUUAUUCCACUUCACCCUUAUUCUGAAUCUGCUUGAACAUAAACCUCAUGUUUCUGGAUGCUGCUGUGCCUCUGACGUCAGUGACACAAACACACACAGGACUUAUUGAUGAGCUGCUCAUGUUACUGUUAGUCAAGCCAAGAGAUUUGAAUGCAGCUUUGUAUUUCCUCACAGAUAUAUUUGUCAGUCAAAUGUGGCUUAUUUCUCUUUUCAUUUUAUAAAUUGUCUUUUACUCACAUUUUAAAUCAGUUUACUAUCAUGUUAAUUUCUUAUCAACACACAUAAUAUGUGAAUGAUAUCCUUUUAAAACUAGGAGUAGCCUCUUGGUUUUAAAAGAGCAGCCAGCUUACUUCCUUGAACCCAUAAUCUUUAUAAUGGCCAGCAGGGGGCGCCUCCACUGUCGAAAAAAAAAAAACUUGUCUCAGAUGACAUAGUUUAUGGUCUUAAUCUCUAGUUUCUGUUAUUUUCAGUCUAUAGUUUCAAUGAGGUCUCCUUUAUAAAGUUUGAUGUUUGUGUUACCAGCUCUAUGUGAUAUAAGACUUCCUCAACCAUGCAUUGCCUUUGUUUACAGUUGGCAAUGUGGGAAGUUGGAAUGGACUUGUAAAUUAUGUCCUUGAGAUUGCUGGCUGCAUUUGCUACAAAAAUGUUUGAAAACAUACAGUAUAUUAUAGUUAAAUUGUUAGAUCACAACUGAUGGGAGCCUGGAUUGCUCCCAUCUAACUUCAUUUCAUCAUCGCAUUCUGUGUUUUAAUGCAGACUUUGCAGACUUUGUUGUUUUAAUGCAGACUUUGUUGUUUUAAUGCAGACUUUGUUGGUUUAAUGCAGACUUUGUUGUUUUAAUGCAGACUUUGUUGAUUGAGAAAUGGUUCCAUUUAGAGUAAAAUAGUCAAGAAAGCUUGGUAAGUAAUGCUGCAGCUUGCUAACCUAGCUGUAGCCAAUAACUUGACCUCUGUCCAUACAUUGUUAGUCCAUUGUCUUUACUUACGGUUAUUUUUUAAACAAUAGUCAUCAUUAUUUAUUUAAAUCCUCUGAAUACCCAAUGAUAAAAUGGUAGCCUACAGUCAACAACAAGAAAAAUACAAAUAAAAUCAGGCAAAUACUACCGGCAUGCCGGGUCUGCCAAGUCUGGCAUGUUAGCUUAACUCAGUAAUUAGCUAACUAGCAAGCCAAUAAACUAGCCUGUGUUAUGAACCAUGGGCAUAGACUGUUAAGCUUUGAUAAAUGUAGCAUUUUUUUUUAGAUCUUAAAGAACACAACAUAAAACUGUAAUUGAGCGUCAAAAUGUAAUAUUCAACUUUUCCUGCUGAGUCACAGCAGACGUGUUCACAAAGUCUUGGCUGUGUCUGAAACUUCAAAUUAAACAUAAGGAUGUUGUUUGUCAAUACAUAGCACUGAUUACAUGUGAAGUAUAAACCUGAAUGAAGAAUGAGCUGUAAAAUAUCUGUGAAAUAAAAAGGGAACAAGUCUGUGAUUGGACUUAUAAAGUCUGUGUUCAUGCUGAAAAGAUGGAAGGUAAUGUUGCAGUGAAAAAGUAUUAUCACAAUUAACUUCCACUGUUUCUUUACUUAAAGCCUCAGCAAAUACAUUUAAAUGUUAACUGACACAACAGGAAAAAUACUGCUUUCCUUCCCUGUGGGAGACAGAGGCCCUCUGGUGGUCCAAGUGUGUAAUGCUGACACAGCACAUUCAGUCUGCGUUUGUUUAAAUUGGGCAAAAAAAUAAAUAAUUUAAAUCAAACUAAACUGUAUGUACUUAUGGAAGCUGUUUUUCAUGUUUGUUGGAUGCCAUGUAAAGAAAUACAUCAGACCAGGUAUAUUG